GGCGGAAAAAGGCUUCAAGUGACUGGCAGCUACUUGGUCCAACCUUCAAAAGAAGCCGGCUCUUCUUUCCACGCUUAUUUUUGUUAAGUAUAUUUGUUGCGGGGAUUUAUAUGCUAUAUAUAUAUAUGGCUGCCAAAGGGAUGAACCUGUGCAGGGUGUGCUGCUUGAUCCUCUGGGCUAUCACGGCGGUGUUCGCCGGGCGAGACUUUUACAAUAUUUUGGGUGUGAGCAAGAGCGCGUCGAUCAGGGACAUCAAGAAAGCGUACCGGAAGCUCGCUCUCCAGUUGCACCCCGACAGGAACCAAGACGACCCCAAAGCUCAAGAUAAAUUCGCCGACUUGGGUGCAGCUUAUGAGGUUCUGUCAGAUGAAGAGAAGAGGAAACAGUAUGAUGCGUAUGGCGAGGACGGUCUGAAGGAAGGACACCACAGCUCACACAAUGACAUCUUCUCCAGUUUCUUUGGCGACUUCGGUUUCAUGUUCGGCGGCAACCGGCAACAACAAGACCGAAACAUCCCCAGAGGGAACGACAUCAUCCUCGACCUGGAGGUCACGCUGGAAGAGGUCUACUCAGGGAACUUUGUGGAGGUGGUGCGUAACAAGCCCAUAGCCAAAGAAGCUCCUGGCAAGAGGAAGUGCAACUGUCGACAGGAAAUGAGGACCACGCAGCUCGGACCGGGUCGCUUCCAGAUGACCCAAGAGAUGGUGUGUGACGAGUGUCCCAAUGUGAAGCUGGUGAACGAGGAGAGAACCUUGGAGGUGGAAAUCGAACAAGGGGUGAGAGAUGAGAUGGAGUACCCAUUCAUCGGAGAAGGAGAACCUCACGUCGACGGAGAACCUGGAGAUCUGCGCUUCCGCAUCAAAGUGCUAAAACACCGAGUGUUUGAGCGUAGAGGAGAUGACCUCUACACCAACGUCACCAUCUCCCUGGUGGAGGCCAUGGUGGGCUUCCAGAUGGACAUUGUCCACUUGGAUGGACACAAGGUGCAAAUCAUGCGAGACAAGGUGACCAAGCCCGGUGCCAGGAUGUGGAAAAAAGGCGAGGGCCUGCCCAACUUCGACAACAUCAACAUCCGAGGCUCCCUCAUCAUCACCUUUGACGUGGAGUUCCCUCAGACGCAGCUGGACGAGAAGCAGAAAAAGGGUAUACGAGAUCUCCUGAAGCAAGGCUCUGUACAGAAGGUGUACAAUGGACUCCAAGGAUACUAGCAUCUCUGGUAGUGCUGCUCCCACUGACUUGUACAAGAAACGACACAAAGGAGGACCGGCGUCAUCUCUCCAGGCCACAUUCUAUUUAUGCUUUUCAAACUCAGGAUAACUUGGAUCCUUUUGUUUUUUUAUAUUUUUUCUUUUUUUUUUUUUAAACCGCAUCCUUUGAAAGUUAAAGGUUCCAUAAAUAGGCUUGUAUGAGAGAAAUGCUGAUUUGGUCGUCCAUCGCCACACCACACAAAAAUGUCUAAAUGAAGUCAAAAUAUCAAUAGUACAGUCGCAUGGGCCACAGUCAAAGGGUGCUGUUCAGCCUCAGGAAGCAUUACUAUUGGAUUAAACAUGUGGGUGUUAGUUCAUGUCUAGAGGGAAAAAUGGUUGUACACAUGUAGCUCUGAAAAUAUUAGAUUUAUAAUUACUAAUUCCAGAGAUUUACCGUAUUUUUCGGACUAUAAAUCGCACUGGAGUAUAAGUCGCAUUUUUUGGGGAAAUGUAUUUCAUAAAAGCCAACAGCAAGAAUAGACAUUUGAAAGGCAAUUUAAAAUGAAUAAAGAAUAGUGAACAACAGGCUGAAUAAGUGUACGUUAUAUGAGGCAUAAAUAACCAACUGGUAUGUUAACGUAACAUAUUAUGGUAAGAGUCAUUCAAAUAACUAUAACAUAUAGAACAUGCUAUACGUUUACCAAACAAUCUGUCACUCCUAAUCGCUAAAUCCCAUGAAAUCUUAUACGUCUAGUCCAGGGGUCGGCAACCCAAAAUGUUGAAAGAGCCAUAUUGGACCAAAAAUACAAAAACAAAGCUGUCUGGAGCCGCAAAAAAUUAAAAGCCAUAUUACAUACAGAUAGUGUGUCAUGAGAUAUAAAUUGAAUUAAGAGGACUUAAAGGAAACUAAAUGACCUCAAAUAUAGCUACAAAUGAGGCAUAAAGAUGCAAUAUGUACAUAUAGCUAGCCUAAAUAGCAUAUUAGCAUCGAUUAGCUUGCAGUCUUGCAGUGACCAAAUAUGUCUGAUUAGCACUCCACACAAGUCAAUAACAUCAACAAAACUCACCUUUCAUGCACAACGUUAAAAGUUUGGUGGACAAAAUGAGACAGAAAAAGAAGUGGCAUAAAACACGUCCUAGAAAGUCGGAGAAAGUUAUACAUGUAAACAAACUACGGUGAGUUCAAGGACCGCCAAAAUUAGUAGGACAAAGCGGCGCUAGCCAAAUACUCGAAUCAAUGAGGCAUGUUUAAUAUAAACAGUGUGCUUUAUAACAAUUAGGGAGGCUUGUGUCAUGUUUGUCCUCCUAUUAAAACAAAAAAAAAAUAUUUUUUCCCCCUCAUCUUUU